CCACUACUACCACCUCCACUCCCACCUCCACUACUACCACCUCCACUACUACCACCACCUCCACUACCACCUCCAAUACUACCACCUCGACUAUCACCUCCACUACUACCACCUCAACCACCUCCACCACCUUCACUACUACCACCUCCACUACCACCUCCACUACUACCACCUCCACCACCUUCACUACUACCACCUCCACUACCACCUCCACUACCACUACCACCUCCACUACCAACUCCACUACUACCACCUCCACUACUACCACCUCCACUACCACCUCCACUACUACCACCUCCACUACCACCACCACUACCACCUGCACCACCUCCACCACCACCUCCACUACCACUACCACCUCCACUACCACCUCCACUACUACCACCUCCACUACUACCACCACCACUACUACCACCUCCACUACCACCUUCACCUCCACUACCACUGCCAAAUCCACCUCCACUACCACUACCACCACCACCUUCACUACCACCUCCACUACUACCACCUCCACUACUACCACCACUACCACCUCCACUACUACCAACUCCACUACCACCUCCACUACUACCAACUCCACUACCACCUCCACUCCUACCAUCUCCACUACCACCUCCACCACCUCCACCACUACCACCUCCACUACCACCUCCACUA